AUGUCAUUGUUCCCGAUCUUUGAUUAUUCCAACAUUGACAAGCCUGAUGAAUUUAUAGAGCACUAUACGGCAAACAUAGCUAAUACUCCAAUGGACAUGUCCAAACCUUUAUGGGAAUUCCUUGUACUGAAUAUAAAGACAUCAAAUGCAGAAUCUUUAGGUAUUGGGAAACUCCAUCAUUCACUAGGUGAUGGAAUGUCUCUUAUGUCUCUUCUACUUGCUAGUUCACGAAAUAUAUCAGACCCCAACGCUGUUCUUACUACACCGACUACAAAAAAAUAUGUUGAUCCCAAUGAUAAGGGUUGGUGGUUGGUUAACAGAUUUUGGUUUUUGAUCAAAGUCAUUUUAAUAACUGUUAUUGAAAUGUUCAAGUCUCUCCUUACACUGUGUUUAAUGAGGGAUACUAAAACUCCUCUUAUGGGUAAAUCCGGAGAUGAAAUUCGAUCUAGAAAAAUUAUCCAUCGGAUAAAAAGCUUUGAUGAUGUCAAGUUGGUGAAGAACACAAUGGAAAUGAAAGUGAACGAUGUACUUCUUGGAAUGACACAAGCAGGUCUCUCAAGAUACUUGAGUAGAAAAUAUGGUGAUGAAGUUACAGUGGUUGAGAAAAAACAAAUCUUAGAAAAAAUCCGUCUACGUGGUACAAUGGCUGUGAAUCUAAGACCAAAUACAAAUAUCGAGGAUCUCGCUAAUAUGAUGGCAAAAGGUUCAACGUGCAGAUGGGGAAAUUUCUUAGGUAUUCUUAUAUUUCCUUUAUGGAUAAGAUCUCAGGAUGAUCCAUUGGAAUAUGUACGAAGAGCCAAAGCUACUAUGGAUAAGAAAAAAUUAUCACUGGAAUCACUUAUAUUCUAUGGGAUCAUCAAAUUUACCAUGAAAAUAUAUGGAGAAAAGGCCGUAGAAUCUAUUGCUAAGAGGAUAUUUGGUCACACAACAUUGACGUUUUCAAAUGUUUUGGGUCCUAACGAAGAAAUUAGUUUUUUUGACCAUCCUAUGUCUUACGUUGGAGCAAGUGCUUUGGUUGGACCACAAGCUCUUAUUAUCCAUUUUGUAAGCUACGUAAACAAGAUUAUCAUCAACCUAGCAGUUGAUACAACAGUGAUUCCAGAUCCUCAUGCACUAUGUGAUGAUUUAGUCGAAUCGCUUGAUCUCAUAAAACUUGCUAUCUUGAAGAAAGGACUUCCACAAAUGGAGGUGUGA